CGAACAUUUUCUUCAAGUACUCCUUUGUGCAGAAAAAAUGAUCAGUGUCUUCAGCACAAGAAAAUCUCUGCUAGCAAUAUAUACCCUGCUUGCCCUACUUCUGGCCUCCGGAAAAUGGGUUUCAGGCCAGAACUGCGGCUGCGCAUCUAACUUGUGCUGCAGCCAAUACGGCUAUUGUGGCACGGGCGAUGCUUAUUGUGGCAACGGCUGCCAGGGUGGGCCGUGUUAUGCUCCUCAGGGUAAUAACGGAGUCAGAGUUUCGGAUAUUGUAACUGAUGCAUUCUUUUAUGGGAUUGCUAAUCAGGCCCCGUCAGGCUGCCCCGGAAGGAGAUUCUAUUCACGGGCUGCUUUUCUCCAAGCCCUUGGCUCGUACCCGAAGUUUGGGACUGCUGGUUCUGUGGACGAUUCUAAGCGUGAGAUUGCCGCAUUCUUUGCACAUGUUACGCAUGAGACUGGACAUAUGUGCUCUAGAGUAGAGAAUGGUGGCCGAUCUAGAGACUAUUGCGAUGAAACUAACCAACAGUGGCCAUGCGCACCGAAUAAGGGCUACUACGGGCGAGGACCCCUGCAACUAUCGUGGAACUACAACUACGGCCCGGCAGGCCAAAGCAUAGGCUUCGACGGAUUGAACAACCCUGAAAUCGUAGCAAGAGAUCCAGUUAUUUCAUUCAAGACAGCCCUCUGGUUCUGGAUGAAUAAUUGUCAUGACACCAUAACUUCUGGACGAGGCUUCGGGGCCACGAUUCGCGCCAUUAACGGUCCCCUUGAAUGCAACGGAGCAAAUACAGAAACGGUGUCUGCUCGCGUUAAUUACUACAGGGACUACUGUAAUCAACUCGGAGUUGAUCCUGGAACUAAUCAGUGGUGUUAGAGAAGAGUACAAUGUGAAAAAAAUAAUUAAAGAGAGGUGGGUUAAUAUAUGUACGAGUAGUAAAUAAAAACCUCUUUGCACGAGCAGUAAGAACUGGUGGUAUUACUAUAUAUGUUCAAAAUAUAAGUGUUUUAUGUCAAGAAAAAUGUGUGACUGUUACCGUUUCUAGAUUAUGUAAUAUUCUCCCGUAUUAUGAUGUGUUUAAUUUCAA